AAAUCCAGUCCGUCGACUUAAAGUAUAUAAGACAGCACGUCCGACGAACGAUCACAGUAGCAACCUGAAGAUUACUGACAGUAUUCCAUCGUCCGAUAAACUCGUCUUGCAAAAAACACUUCACGUUCACUAAUCAACAAUCAACAUGAACCGUCUGUCAAUAAUAUUGGCAAUUGCCUUUGUCAGUUACUCAAUGGGUGCACCGGAAAACAUUUCUGAAUCGCAAAAUGGAGACCAAAAUCAUGACUUAGAGCACGGCAGCGGCCAAGGACUUGGGAAACAGGACAGAUUUGAAAGCGGAAAUGUAAACGUUGAUACAUCCACAUCAGAUCCCAGCGAAAUAGGGGUUUUUGGACUAAAAUCCAAAAUCAAAACUUCUGGUGGUGGAAGCCAGGGGAUCGAAAAGCCCAACCCUACCAAAACCCCAGGAACAAUAAUCCGUACUGCAGCGUGUGCUGCAAAGUGUACACUAUCUUGUAUUUCGGGAGAGAAUACUGAUGCAUGUCUGAAGUGUAUAAGUAGAUGUUCAAAAAAAAAACAAUAAGAUUUGAUAUAAGUAGUUAAAUUGUAAAAUGUAUAUAUAUUUAGUAUUUUGAAUAAAAUUGUUGUGAAUUAUUUUGUUUACGAAGAAUGCAAUUUUAAGCAAUUAUAUUGUAGAAAUCAUUUUAACUUGUACAAAAAUGUAUGAAAAUGUAAUAAUGUUAUUUUAAAUAUAAAAAUGCUAUAUUUUACAUAA